CUGACUUCACACAGCCACAGCAGGGUGACCGCAGCAGCCAGCAUCUCACAUGAUAUCAGCAUCUAAAUGCAGCGAGGUAGUGGACAUACAAGCGCGAGUACGAUAGGCUACUAUCUGAAUUGGUAUAAUCGUGUGGGAUUUUGCUUUUCAUAGCCUAACAUGAACCCUCCAUGACAGCCGAUAUGCGUUUCCUCCGAGCUUUUCCCCUGCUAGGGAUACUGCUGUUGCCUGCAGCCGCGGAUUCGGAUGAUUGGGACUUUUUCAGUAGGACUACUAAGGAAGUAUGCCCCGGCCAGCCUACCAGCAUCCCUGGUCCCGGCCCUACUCCUGCUGACAAAGAAUAUGAUCUAUAUUUUAAAUCUCAUUUACCUGGGAGCUAUGACGUGCAGAUCACAGAUGCCAAUGGUACUCUAAACCCCUACUAUGUGUUGAAAAAACGUUCGUUCUUUAGUGGCUUAAGAGUGGAUAUUCCAGAGGUAAUGAGCCAUCAAGUUGGAGUGUACCACUGGAAAGGUCACAGAUUUCCUAUGUUCCAUAUGUUCAAAACUACAGAAAUAAUUCUGAAAGACUGCUCUGUCCAUCAGGAAUUGAGUUACGGAACUGCGUUCAAGAUGGUGAUACCCAUCCAGGCCACAAAGUUGGAGUUCACCCCAUCCGGCUCAAAGGACCAAAGGAUCCUGUGGAGCCGCACCAACGCAGACUUUGCAAAUGGAGAGGGUGGCACCACGGAGGGACACGUUUGGCUUGCUAACGAGAUACGCUUUGCUGACGCAGGCCUAUACACUUUCCGCAGAGAGAGUGGGGGAGAAAUCUCCAGCAUGACUGUAAAAGUUACAGAAUCUGAGAGGUUUCAUGAUCUGUCUGAGAGUGACUCGUGGGAAGAAAGGUUGGCAGUGCCUGUAUCGGAGGCAGUGGUCACAUUUGUCGACAGCCAGAAGAGGAAGCACGUGAUCUUCAAGAACCGUAUGGUGACCCAAGACGCGUUGAAGAUUUUCGGGGGUCGGCUGUCUGUUACAGCGAAGCCUGACGCACUGCAGUUAAACAUGAAGAACGCCAACUCCGGGACUGUCGGGCGGUACGAGGUUACCGUGAAGGAAGGUAGAGCGUUUGUCAUCCAUGUCAGUGAUGGUGAUGAUGAGGAUGAUGCAGACGAUGGACUGUCAUUUGAAGAUCCAAUGGUCCAAUGGCUUUUAGGCAUUGCUGCCAAUAUCCUCUUAGUCACUCUCUUCUGCUGCGUUGCGAGAAGAUGCUGUAAAGGUCUGAAGAGUGCACUCCCCCCUGCUGAAGGUGUUGAUUGCCCAGUCGUUGAAAGGCCUACCCCUGCCCCAAGGCCUGACCCAGCCUACCAACCAGGGGCUCGAAGUCAAGUGGAAAGCUCUCCAACAGCACCCUGUUACGACGGCCCUCCACCUGCUCGAAGUCAAGUGGAAAGCUCUCCAACAGCACCCUGCUACGACGGCCCUCCACCUUCUUAUGAAGCGUUGAUGGGCAAUGUGCAGUCCUGGUGGGCCAGAGGACCUGUGCCCAUGUGCCCUCCAUAUACCCCUCUUUCUCCUGACUCUCCUCCUGAGGCCAGAGCUGGCGCUGGCGCUGAUGCUGCUGAGCCUGCUGCUGCUCCCUCCACUGCUGCUCCCCCUGCUAAGGACGGUGCCCCUCCUGCUGCUCCUGCUGCCUCCCCCACCCCUACUGCAUCCAGCAUCCCUUCAGCUCCAGACUACCAGUACCAACCUGGGGGAUUGUCUGGGACCACGGGUGACUUUCUCUCUGGCUCUCCACUCAACACCGAUACAAGUGAUACCACUGUCUACGUCUCAGACAAGCUUGACAUCUAAAGGUGGUAGUAACGGUAGUGGUCUUUAAAACUCAUUUUCAUGUUUUAUUUUUUUAUAUAUAUUUUACUUCUGUACGUUAUUGUCUUUUUAUCUAACAACCAAAGUGCUCAAAGCUGACAAUAAAAAUCAGUGGCCUCUUUUAGCAGUUCUGUGCAUUCCCACACCAUGGAAGAGUAGAACGCGCUUCACCAACCUUAGAAGAUAAAUAGACAGAAACAUGAAAGGUUGCCUUCCACAGGAAAGAACCAUUUAACACUUUUUGAAAUGUGGUCACACCAAAGUGGUAUCUUAUCUCCACCACUUGCAUUUCACAUUGAUAGGACAUACACAUUUGAGCGAAUCACAGAAGGCGAAUUGUCAUAUGGCCUGGAAUGGCACAAAGAAGCAAGAUCUUUGGGAUCAAUUCCGGUCUCCUAAAUGGGUAUAACUUUUAAAAUAUUCCCUAUUUAACUCCUUUCAUUCGAAAACAUGCAGCUUGGAACCUUACAUCAUAUUGAUUCUGGAAGAAACUCGAUGUCGAUGAACGAUGUCCUUCUUAUUAAUCGUCUAGAAUCUCAAACAGAAGCACCUUAGCUUUUUGUUUAACCAAUCCCAGCACACAAUGCAUUUAUCAAUAGUAGAGACCACUUGCCUGGUUAUCACCAGACCAAAUCGCGAGCGAGAUAAGGUCUGGAGACCUGCCUAGUAGUCAGUCCCUAUUAUAAAUACCGUAGGGGCUGUGUGGUUUGCGAUUGACAACGGCUGUUUUUUCAGCUAAGAGAUGACGGCUGUUUUCCAAGGCUAACAGAUCACUGCAAAUAUAAUACAUGAAAUACAAUGCAAGGCGAUCUUUGAAAGUAAGACAAUUGGCAAAGGCGGAAUUGUAUUUCACACAAUGGGGUCUACCACAGCCAGAGCUCAUGGUAUCAUGUGAGUGUGGUGCCUGAAACCGUAACUCAGUGGUUUUUGUGCCGUGACACCCCUUUGGGCCUAAGAAUAUUUUCAUGACCCUUCCAUAUUCCAAAUGUCGAACAUUUUUUGUCCAUUAUUAUUGCUACAUUUUAAUUUUAAAUUCACAGCAAAAAUAAAUAAAUGUAUUAAUCAUAUAAGUGAAUACUCUUACUAACCAAUUUAUGGACUAGACUAACUGUUGACCUGUGGUUUUCCACGUUUUUGUGCAAAGUCCCCCUUCCCAUACGCAGUACGUCGGCGACUCCGAAUGGGGCGUUAUUUGGUUGGUUGUAAUAGAGUAGACGCGUAUUAAAAUGUUAGCAGCUAGCUGCACUCAUUCAGUUCAUUGAUGCUAACAUGCUAGCUUCACUGGACUCAAAGAAUGGCUGGAAGAAGGCCGGUUAUAUAUUUUCUGUUACCAGAAUGGCAGUGACAAAGUCAUUAAUAUAUUACUAAAGACUAAAAAAAGUGUAAUGUCAUCAUAAUACUGUAGUGUAGUACAGAAGUUCCAGCCCUUUCCAGCUUGGGGCCCACUUGAAAUUUUCCAUAAAUGUUCGGGGUCCAUCUCUGACCCAGUAAGCCAUAAAGCUCAAAUAAUUAGUCAACAGCAACACACACAGAUAUUAUUGAGAAUUUUAGAAAAUUAUUUCAAGGCUCACUUGGAAUAUCUUCAGGGCCCACGGUUUGAGAAUCAUUGGUUUAGUACUAUUAUAAUGAAGUCUUUUUAAUGGCAAGUGCUGGCAGAACGGUGCGCAUUACGAGACAACACCAACAUAAGGGAACAUGUAGGCCUACGUAGCAAAGCCCUCCAUAACAAAAUCACAGGAUUCUUAUUAGUGGUGUCAACAAUUCGAUUCGGCAAUGCAUCGCAAUGCGGGGGCGGGGCAAUUCAAUUCAAUGCGGCAAGUGUCAUAAUCUGUGUGGCAUAUUUUUUCAAGUUUCAAUUACUUCCGUGUAUAUUUCCGGAGCAAAUGAAUGUUAAAUUAAAUAAAAGCACUUCAAAGCAUUGCAAACUGUAAGACUGAUACAGAAAACAGCCAAUAAAAUGUUGUUCAAAAUAUGACAGCUUUUAUUGCCUCAUCAUGCCUGAUGAAAACAUGUCUUUGCUCUCAGUAGAAAUGUUAUGUAUUGCGAUGCAUCGUCGAAUCGAAUCAAAUCGCUACCUCCCGAAUCGUAAUCGAAUCGAAUCGUGAGGGCAGUGCCAAUGCACACCACUAAUUCUUAUGCAGCUUAACUACUGUUAACACACACACACACACACAUUGGAUGGAAUCCUUUGCAAUACUCGCAUUACAUUGGACAGAAUCCUUUGCAAUACUCGCAUCACAUUGGACAGAAUCCUUUGCAAUACUCGCAUUAAAACGCCAUAUUGCACACCUCUAUGGAAAUGGUCAUACACAUUUCAGGGCGAGUUGCAAGUAUUUAGAUGCUCUGAAAAUCAGAUGACAAGAUAAGAAAUUAAAAAGAAAGUAUGAAGUUAGAAGAAAAUAAAAAUAUAGACAAUAAUAGAUGCAAUUUGCUACCUCACAAAAUGUCAGCUGUCAAUCAAAAACAGAUGUCAAUGACCAUGUUUUUUUCCUUCUAUACUAUACAGUAUGUGACGUGGUCAUAUGCCUCACUGAAGCUUAAGAGACUCAACCUCACAAGUUAGUUAGCAGACAAAGACAAAACUGAAUGCAAGGAAACUAUUUCAUAAUUGAAAAGCUCGAUGCCUAAAGUAGAAAGAC